AUAUUUUUAACAUUUCACUUCCUGCAGGGUUUUUCAGAUUCGGUCAAUAUCAGCCUGAUAGGGUUGGCCCUGGCUGACCUGGGUUGUCUUAUACCUGUUUUAUGGAAAACUGUGUCUUUCAACCCGUUGUUCCAUUAUUCUGACAUACCUUUUGACUCUGUAGACAUCCAGUACCUGACAUCAGGUGAGUUACAGGACAUAAUUCUGACAUACCUUUUGACUCUGUAGAUAUCCAGUGCCUGACAUCAGGUGAGUUACAGGACAUAUUCACGGAAUAUUAAUUGAAAUAAAUUGUGUGUUAUUGUGAUACGAAUUGUUUCUUGAUAAUUUUAGUGAAACCCAUACUUGUAAUAAGAAAUAGUGGCAUACUGUACCUGGGAAUGUUUGUAGGUUUGGAGAAUCACUGAAUUGCAGAAGGGUAUUGAUCUUAACUUCUAUGAAGCUGGGAGACAAUUUUAAAAUAAAGAGAUUAAUUUUUUUUUAAAAAUGAUUGAACAAAAAAAUAUACAUACUUCUAUGAUUGAAACACAUUUUUUUGUUGCUAUGUUCUGUGAUCUCAGGAUUGAUACCUUUUUUGUAUUUUUUCUACAAAUCCCAAUUUUUUUACAAAUAUUUUUUUGACAACGUUAUAAAACAGUGAAAUGUCAGUGUCAGUCUUAUUUAUAGGAUUAAAUGAGCUCAAUCAUGUGGUAAAAGUUCAAACGUAAGUAACAAAGUUUUGGCUAGAAGUCUUGUUCUCUCUGAAAGAGUGUGGCAUGAAUCAUUAUGUACUUAUGUCACAUUAUACUAUGUGUUAGUAUUAUAUUCCGAUACUGCCGGCAGCACCCUGAAAGGACAGGUUCAUCGUAGAGAGCUAAACGAUCCUCUGAAAUGUAACGUUUUAAAGUAGUAAAUCGUCUCGGGCAAUAUACGAUGGCAACUUUUAAAGAAAUUUGCAGAUUACGAUUUUUAAAAAAAAUGUGUUGCCCUACACCCCUCUCUCCACAGCGUGGCCCCACGUUUGUUUCGCCAGGAUAACAGGCCUGGUCACGGGCUUCAUCACUUUGGAGCGGUGUCUCUGCGUGGUCCUGCCCCUGACGGUGAAGCGCAUCCUGACCCCGCGCCGGACCGUCCUCGCCAUGGCGGCCAUCUACCUCGCCAUGUUCGCCAGCGUCGCCCCGGUCUUCUCCGUGAUCCACUUCGGACAGAAGUUCUACGACCUGCGGAACAGAUCUCUCUACGGCCUCGUCUAUGACGCGGACGGCGCAGCCGUGGAGAACGUGUCUUUUACAAUCACCAUCUUCGCGCAGUUGUUUUCCAUCCUGUUGGUCGUCACGUGCACGGCCGUCACCACGAUCAAGCUGAAGACAAAUUCAAAAUGGAGACGAAGUGUCGGCUCCGCCAGCGCCCACGGGGGCGGCGAAUUGACAAGGCGCGACAAAAAGGUCGUCAAGAUGGUGGUGUUCAUCUCGUGCAUCUUCAUCACGUGCUUCCUCCCCACGGCGGUCAACUUGAUCAUGGGGUUGUUCGUCACCGAGUACAGUUUCAUCGGGAAGUUCCGCAACGUGUACCAGGUGGUGUGGUGCGGCGUGUACGUCUUGGAGACGACCAACAGCUCCGUGAACAUCGUCGUGUACUACAACAUGAGCUCGAAGUAC